AUGGACAACCCAGCUAGACAGCCAUGUUAUUUUAUAGUUAAACGACAGUGGUCAGCCACUUCGGAAGAGAAGGAGGAGGGAGAGGUAACUGUCAUAUUGGAAGAAGAAGAAGAGGAGGAUAUUGGAGAUCUGAUUAACCCCAGCGAGAGACCAGACUCUCACUGUGACAGUGGAAAGGGUCCUUCAGGGGAACGAGACCCAGAGACGCCCAAACCAGCGAGACCACACCACUGCUCCCAGUGUAAUAAAAGUUUUAAGUGGUUAUGUAAGCUGAAAAAGCAUGAGAAAAUACACACAGGGGAGAAGCCUUUCCAAUGCUCCCAGUGUGGAAAGAGUUUUACCCAGUUAGGGACCCUGAAAAGGCACGAGAGAAUACACACAGGAGAGAAGCCUUUCCAUUGCUCCCAGUGUGGAAAGGGAUUUACACGGUUAGGGAACCUGAAAAAGCAUGAGGGAACACACACAGGAGAGAACCCCUUACAAUGCUCUCAGUGUGGAAAAGGUUUUACCAAGUUAGGGAACCUGAAGGAGCAUGAAAGGACACACACAGGGGAGAACUCUUACCAUUGCUCUGUGUGUGGAAAGGAUUUUACCAAGUUAGGGAGCCUAAAAGUACAUAAAAGAAUACACACGGGAGAGAAACCUUUCCAAUGUUCCCAGUGUGGAAAAGGUUUUACACGGUUAGGGCAUCUGAAGGAACAUAAAAGAAUACACACAGGAGAGAAACCUUUCCAAUGCUCCCAGUGUGGAAAAGGUUUUACCCUAUUAGGGAACCUGAAUAUGCAUGAAAAAACACACACAGGAGAAAAGCCUUUCCAAUGCUCCCAAUGUGGAAAGAGCUUUACACAGUUAGGGAACCUGAAGGAGCAUGAAAAGACACAUACAGGGGAGACAUCUUACCAUUGCUCCCUGUGUGGAAAGGAUUUUACACGGUUAGGGAACCUGAAAAGGCAUGAGAGAAUACACACACUCUUUCCAAUGCGCCCAGUGAGGAACAGGAGUUGGAAACGGUUCAGGGAACAGAACUUAAAACUGGAAAAGAGCAAAACAUUUGAGGAACAGAAACAGAACAGAUAACGAAAGUGAUCUCCACUGUUCAAGAACAGAACCGUUAACGAAAGUGAUCUCCACUGUUCAAGAACAGAACCGUUAACGAAAGUGAUCUCCACUGUUCAAGAACAGAACCGAUAACGAAAGUGAUCUCCACUGUUCAAGAACAGAACCGUUAUUUUGAAAUCUUGAGAACCCGGUUAAUGUUAUUUUAAAGUAAUUGCCUAGUGGAAAUUUAACUUUUCAAAGUUCAUAUUCUGUUAAAGCCAUACCAAAAGAAUGUCUACUCAUAUUUUAUACACCUGUGAGAAAAGGGUGUAGCUGAAAUAGCAAAAUCCACUCAUUUGAAGUGGUGUCCACAUACUGUUGACCAUGUGGUGUAACUCAUCAAUGUUCCCAUCAGUAUUAUUCCACCAUGUUAGAGAGAACACAGGUGCAGAUUGUAAAACACAUUUGAUUAAUGCAAACGUUUUUUUCUGAAUAAAAAUAAAAUGUGUAACGCCACUAGUGAACGUUCAUUAUAUACAUCUACGUAUUGUUACAUGUAGGAGCAGUAUGGACCUAGUCUGU